AAUAAUCACUGCACACCAAGACAUCAUCAAGUCGAAGAGCAAGAAGUCGCCUUCGUAAGUUACUUUUGUAACUCUCAGAAGACGCUGUUUUACCCCUCUCUAGUGCAUGUGGCCAAUGAGACAUCCAGCAGCUGAUUAAAAGAAUUUCCUCUCAGCCAGAGGGUGGGAGCUCCACUUUGGAGCAGGCGGAGCGACAGCCUAUUCAAGAGGAAGAGGUGGAGCCACAGUCCGCAGAUGUUAAAGAGGAGAGGAGGAGCUCUCGAUCACUCAGGAGGGAGAGCAUCUUCUAGGGUCAGAGGAGGCUGAUCUCACCAGGUUGCCACUGACUCGUGUGUCUGCAGUGACCGAAGACCCUGAAGACAAGCCACCUGAGUCCUCACAGCUUCACAUAGUCCAAGUAAGGAAAUGAGAGAGGCGGAGCCACAGCCUACCUAUGAUAAAGAGGAUGAGGAGCCACAGCCCACCCACGUUAAAGAAGAGGUGGAGUCAGAGCCACCCUAUGUCAAAGAGGAAGAGGUGGAGCCACAGCCUCCCUAUGUUAAAGAGGAAGAGGAGGAGCCACAGCAUACCCACAUGAAAGAGGAAGGGAAGGAGCCACAGCCUACCUACAUUAAAGAGGAAGAGGUGGAGUUACAGCCCCCCUAUGUUAAAGAGGAAGAAAAAGAAGAGCCACAGCCCACCCACAUUAAAGAGGAGGAGGAAGAACUCUCGAUCACUCAGGAGGGAGAGCAUCUUCUAGGGCCAGAGGAGGCUGAUCUCACCAUGUGGCCACUGACUGGUGUCUCUGUGAAGACCGAAGACCAUGAAGACAAACCACCUGAGUCCUCACAGCUUCAUCAUCGUCCAAGUGAGGAGAUGAGAGAGGUUGAGCCUUCAUGCAGCAGCUCACUGCAACACAUGACAACAGAAGCUGAUGGAGACCACUGUGGAGGAUCACAAGCAGACAACCUCUUAGCUCCACUGUCAGAUAGUGACGACACAACGUCACACUCUCCUGAAGAUGAAGACAGCGACUACAACCAAGAAUCUCUGAGCAGCGAUACAGACAGGGAAGGUCAUAUAACGACUCACACUGGCAACAAAAACUCUGAAAGCUCUAAAAAGAAAACGGGUAAACAUUUUAACUGCUCUGUUUGUCAAAAAAUAUUUUCUCGUAAGGGUAGUUUGGCUCAACACAUGAGAACGCACACAGGAGAAAAACCUUUUAGUUGCUCAAACUGUGGUAAACGCUUCACUCAGAAGACUCACAUGCAAUUACACAUGAGAACACACAUCGGAGAAAAACCCUUUAGUUGCUCAGACUGUGGUAAAUGCUUUACUCAAAAGACAAACUUGCAAUCGCACAUGAGAACGCACAUAGGAGAAAAACCUUUUAGUUGCUCAGACUGUGGUAAACGCUUCACUCAAAAAACACAUAUGCAGUUACACAUGAGAACGCACUCCGAAGAAAAACCUUUUAAUUGCUCAAACUGUGGUAAAGGCUUCACUUUAAAAACAAACAUGCAAAGACACAUGAGAACACACAGAGGAGAAAAAGCUUUUAGAUGCUCAAACUGUGGUAAAGGCUUCACUCUAAAGACAAACAUGGAAUCACACAUGAGAACGCACACAGGAGAAAAACCUUUUAGUUGCUCAGAGUGCGGUAAACUGUUCACUGAAAAGAAAAACAUGCAAAGACACAUGAGAAUACACAGAGGAGAAAAACCUUUUAGUUGCUCCAACUGUGGUAAAGGCUUCAGUCUAAAGACAAAUAUGCAAUCACACAUGAGAACGCACACAGGAGAAAAACCCUUUAGUUGCUCAGAAUGCGGUAAACACUUCACUGAAAAGAAAAACAUGCGUAGACACAUCAGAAGGCAAACAGGAGAAAAACCUUUUACUUGCGCAAAUUGUGAUGACACAUUUUCUUUGAAGUGCUCUUUAAAAAGACACAUGCAAAGUCACUGAUGGUUUACUCUUGGACUCGCCUGACUUCCGUGCAGUCACUGUGUUGUAAUAUUCCUUGCAUCUACCAUUUGUUCAAUAAAUGCAUGUUGUGUUUCGUGCAAAAUAAAGUCAUGGCUACUGCAGUGGUUUCAUUUGUAGUUAUAGGUGUUUUAUUUGACUUUAUGCUGUCAUCACUAAAUGCUGUAACUGAUGAAGUCGCUUCCUGUUGGAUUACUUCCAGAUUCGGUCUGGAAAGUAGUGAUUUGAUUCCUUUUACUGACUUGAGUUCUUAGGAUUCACUCAUUGGGGUAGAGACCGCUUUCAGGAGGCUUUUGAAGAUUUUGAGUGAGAGUAAAAUAGUAGUUUUUGCUUCUCGUUUCUUAUUUUGUAGUAUUGAGCUGAUUUUGCUCAAACAAUUGUAUGCAGUAAAGGGGAAUCAUAUUUUUUUUACAUUAUUGUAUUCCAUAUGAAUGAAAUGUUCAGUAACUGUAUUGAUAACAAUAUUUUCCCCAAUUUUUUGACUGUUAUUUUAUUCUGGUUAUUUUCAUGAUAACGAAAUUAUAAGUAAAUUGACAACAUUAUUCAAUUUUAUGUAAAAAAUUCUCAUAGAAAGUACAGUAUCUAUCAAUAUCAGCGAUACUGACUGGGUAUUGCAUGGAUUGACUGAUGCUGUAUUUUA